GGUCAACCUGCCCGCCUGUGGAAUCGCGCUCUGAUCUGUAUCUCUUAGCAACCUGCCGCGUCGCGCAUUUGCUUUGUGCAACAUUCCUGCUCCGUCCUGAAAGAGGAAAUCGACAUUCUCCUUAACCAUUCUGCAACCAAAGCACCCUUGGUAGGGCCAGCGCAUAACUGCAACCUGGCAACUCACCUAAUUACCUGCCUCCUGAAAUCACUUGGACAUACUCAACUGCAUCACCUACGCGGACACUCACACAGCAUCAGCGUCUCACCUGUAUAAACGUCAGCUUCACUUGGCUUUGACAGAACAUUUACGAUUUGCUCUGUUGGAUCAAGUAGAGUAGUUCCGGUGCUUCUAGACCCAGUAGCCAAAGUUUCUGGUAAUUUAUUCAAGCCCUCAGCGUGGCCGCCGGUUCGGUCGGUGGGAGCAUAUCAACGUUCAGGGGACCCCCUGAGUUGUCUUUCUGGGAGAUUCGGACAUUUUUGUUCCGCGCCUUCUGGGUUUGCUUGCAGGAAUCCCCAGUGUCGCCUCGAUGCCUUCUCUAGGUUUUCUUAAGAAGAAAAGGACUAGGGACGGAAAUAACGACAACUCAAGCCAACCAACAAGCCCAGUCACUCCGACUGCAGCCCAGAGUUUCGAGCAGGCACAAGCCUUAGGUGCACCUUCUGCCAUCAACACCUCACACACGCAGCAGCAACCGUACUCGGUACCUCAGCCUGGCUACUCUGCUGGGACAGAAGCACAGGCUCAGCAGCCUCAGAUGAACUCGAUUUCACAGCACCAACAACAGGCGUUUGCGCCGCCAGCACAUACACCCUCCCCGGGGACUAUGGAGCCGCAACAACACCUGCCUAGCAUCUCCAACCUCAUGAACCCCGCAUCCCAACAACAAAACAACCAGUCUUCGGCCAACUCCGAAACUCAGUCGCAGUCACAGUCACAGCCGCAAUCUCAGUUCCCACUCCCACCGUCGCACGGGAAUGGCGACCAAAGUCAACAGCACAAUUUGCAGACUCAACAGCAGAACCACUCACAGCAGGACGCCAUGGAUAUACAGCCUUCGCAAGUGCAGGACCAGACCCAAUUUCAACAGGCGCAGCCUCAGCACCAACCACAGCAGCACGUACAGCACCAUGUACAUCAUGGGAAUCAAGGGUCCCAAGAUCAGCAGGCAAGGGUGACGAAGGGGAAAUACUCGCUAAGCGAUUUCGAAAUACUCCGGACGCUCGGUACCGGUAGCUUCGGUAGAGUGCACUUGGUCCAGUCAAGACACAACCAAAGAUUCUACGCCGUCAAGGUCUUGAAGAAGGCUCAGGUAGUCAAGAUGAAGCAGGUUGAGCAUACCAACGACGAGCGGAAAAUGCUAGGUGAAGUCAAGAAUCCGUUCCUGAUCACAUUGUGGGGUACAUUCCAAGACUGCAGGAAUCUGUACAUGGUCAUGGAUUUCGUUGAGGGUGGUGAACUCUUUUCCUUAUUGAGAAAAUCAGGGCGCUUCCCAAACCCAGUAGCAAAGUUCUAUGCUGCCGAAGUGACGUUGGCUCUCGAAUACCUGCACGCCAAGAACAUCAUAUACCGCGAUCUGAAGCCCGAAAACCUGUUACUGGACCGCCAUGGCCACCUGAAAAUCACCGACUUUGGGUUCGCCAAGCGUGUGCCGGACAAGACAUGGACUCUUUGUGGCACUCCGGACUACCUGGCGCCGGAGGUAGUUUCCAACAAGGGCUACAACAAGUCUGUUGACUGGUGGUCUUUGGGAAUACUGAUAUACGAGAUGCUGUGCGGCUAUACCCCCUUCUGGGAUAGCGGAUCUCCUAUGAAGAUAUACGAGAAUAUCCUGAAGGGCAAAGUCCGUUAUCCCGCCUAUAUCAACCCGGACGCGCAAGACUUGUUGCAACGUCUCAUCACAGCGGACUUGACCAAGAGGUUAGGAAACCUUUAUGGCGGAUCGCAAGAUGUCAGGAACCACCCAUGGUUUGCCGAGGUGACAUGGGAUCGUCUCGCGCGAAAGGACAUAGAUGCGCCAUACACGCCUCCAGUCAAGGCCGGCGCAGGCGAUGCAAGUCAGUUUGAUCGAUAUCCUGAAGAAACAGAACGAUAUGGCCAGACUGGUCACGAUGAGUGA